CCUUUUCAUGUUCAUGCUCAUAAGUCCUCUGCUUGCAAUGCGUGGACCAUGGCUGCUGCUCUGAGACUUAUCAGAAGAAUGCUGACCUACAGGAUAACUCUAGCAGUCUUUGUGCUCAUCAUCCCAACAUCUCAGUGUUUAACAAGAAAUGAUUUCCCAUUCUCACUCACUAACAAGGCCACUGGUUUUUGUUUGGUGAAAAAAACAACCCGCUGCCUUGAAGUGCGCUGGACCACCAGUGAUCGGCUUUUUGUUACCUCAACAAGAAAGUGCCUGGGAGUUCAGGGCAAAACUGCGGGGAGUGAAGUAAGCCUCUACGACUGUGACGAGAAGAGUGAGCUACAAAAGUGGGAAUGCAAGAAUGAAACACUGCUGGCCCUCAAAGACCAACAGCUCUACAUUGAAGUCAGAGCUGAUGAAUCAAUUGCCCUCUCCAAAACAGUCGGGCCAAAUAACGAGCUCACAAUCACGGGGACAGCCAGUGGUGCUUGCUCAAGAACAUACAGAGAGCUUUACACCAUUGAAGGAAAUGCAUUCGGUAAGAUCUGCAUGUUUCCCUUCCUGUACAAAGACCGGUGGUUUGGAGACUGCACUAUGUAUGACUCUUCAUCAAAGCGUCUUUGGUGCGCAAUCGGAACAAAAUAUGAACAAGAACUGUGGGGAUACUGCCCGACUACUUCCACAGACCACUGGGCAAAGAACCUUGUAACAGGAGCGUAUUACCAGCUCAACACACAGUCUGUGCUGACUUGGGACCAAGCUAAAACCAGCUGCCAACAGCAGGGUGCCUCCCUGCUCAGCGUCAUCGAUCCCAACGAGCAGGCAUUUGUCUCAGCACUAUUAGGAUCAGGAAAACAUAAACUUUGGAUCGGGACGAUCCUGGAUCCAGAACACGGAUGGCAGUGGUCUGAUAGGAAGCCCUUCCGUUAUCUGAGAUGGAGCUCAGGACAUCCGCUUCCUAACCCAGGACACAACUGUGCAUUUUUGGACUCUGCUGGGCAGCACACUUGGCAAAGUUCAACCUGUGGCAAAAAACUGGGCUACAUCUGCUACAAAGACGGGGCCUCGCCAGCUCCUCCACAAAUUGAGCAAGGAUUUUGCUCAGCGCCUUGGAUUCCCUACAAUGGCCACUGCUUCCACCUUCUGCGUACUCCUCAAACAUGGUCUGGUGCUCAGAAAGCGUGCCGCAAAGAAGAAGGGGACUUAGUCAGCAUCCGCAAUGUGGAGGACCAAGGCUUUGUCAUCUCUCAACUUGGAUUUGCAUCCACUGACGAGCUCUGGAUUGGACUGAAUGACAUAAAGAUAGAGGGGCUGUUUGACUGGAGCGACCACUCUACUGUCAGCUUCACCAGCUGGGAAUUUGGGAAACCUGCUGUCUCCACUGAUUCAGACGACUGUGUUCUCAUCAGGGGCGAGAAUGGGAACUGGGCCGAUCACUCGUGUGAUGAGAAGCAUGGCUUUAUCUGUAUGAAGCAGAGUGGCACUGAAGCCACCGGAGAAGAAGUUGAUUUGGAUCAUGGCUGCAAAGCUGGGUGGAAAAGACAUGGGUCUUACUGCUACUUUGUAGGAACAGAGACAAAGACGUUUGAUGAAGCUAAAGAGGACUGCAAGGCCUCAGACUCCUACUUAGCUGAUGUUUCAAAUGGGGUGGAUAAUUCCUUCCUUGCCAGCUUGGUGGGGUUGAGACCAGAGAAAUACUUCUGGUUAGGCCUCUCAAACCAGAGAGAUAUUGAUCAGUUUGUGUGGACCAACACAGACUUCGUGAAGUUUACUCACUGGAAUUCUGAAAUGCCAGGUUUCCAACAGGGCUGCGUUGCCAUGGCAACUGGGGUUUUGGCCGGACUCUGGGACCUGCUGCCUUGCACCAAUAAGGAGAAAUAUAUCUGCAAACACCUGGCAGAGGGGGCAGUUGUAACCGUUCCACCACCAACUCAAACUCCUCCUAAGUGUGAGGACGGCUGGGUUCGAGUAGGAACAAGAAGCGUCUGCGCGAAGUUUUUUACAGGGCCUCGUGCAGAUGAGAAGACCUGGUUUGAGGCUAGAGAUUAUUGCAGGGCCAUCGGAGGGGAUCUACUCAGCAUCCACAGCACUGCUGAGCUACUGGUGGGACGAAAUGGAAGAGCCUGGAUUGGACUUCGUAUGCCAGACCCAGAUACUGGAUAUACAUGGACUGAUGGAUCCCCACUAAACUUCCAGCACUGGCAGGAAGGAGAGCCAAACAAUCAUAAUAAUGACGAAUCCUGUGCUGAAUUCAGAAUGUAUCACUGGGAUGAGAGCGGGUCUUGGAACGAUGUGAACUGUGAGAGUUUCAAUGACUGGCUGUGUCAGAUCCGCGCAGGAGUGACUCCAAGACUACCUCCAAAUAAUACUGCAGUAGACUUCAACACCACUGCAGAUGGUUGGCUUGUGUGGAGAGGGAAUCAGUAUUAUAUUAACAGACAAUCAAUGCCCUUUGAGAAUGCUCGAGAGUACUGUCAGCGGAGGCACGGUGACUUGGUAUCCAUCAGCAGUAGGGACGAAAAUACCUUCCUAUGGAAACAGAUUUCCAGAAGCUAUGGUUCCUAUUAUGUGGGUAUGCAGGUGGAUCUUGAUGGGUCAUUCUGGUGGCUGGAUGGUUCUCCUGUGGGGUUACAGAAAUGGGAUGAAGAUCAGCCAGAUACCAAUUCCUUUCAUGAGAACUGUGUUAUGAUGACUUAUUAUAUGGGCUUCUGGCGCACAUGUAAUUGUGGGCAAGAGCACCAGUUCAUUUGUAAACGUAGCAUCUCAGCACCUGUCAACACCACUGCUGCCCCCCCACCUCCUCCUAAAGGCGGCUGCCCACUCAAGUGGUCCAAAUUCGACUCAAAGUGUUACAGUAUCGUUAUUAACCGGAGGGUCACCUGGGAAGAUGCAAGGCGACAGUGCAUUACCAUGGGAGGCAAUUUAGUCUCAAUUCCCUCAAGGCGUGUGCAAGCAUUUUUGAUCACUGUAAUGGCUGAAGUAUCAACAACAGACCUGUGGAUUGGUUUAAAUGGCUUAAAACAAGAUGGAUUUUACUGGACUGAUGGCAAAGCAAGGCGAUACACAAACUGGGGCUAUUCUAAAUAUCGACGUCGUCCUGGGACCUUUUAUCAGAGAUGGAAUGAGGAAGACUGUGUUGUGAUGACCAGCAAUCCUACCCUUGGCACUGGUAAAUGGAUAGUUAAGUCCUGCAAUGACACUAAUGGAUUUGUCUGUCUUCGAAAUCUUGACCCAAAUAUCCAGCCUCAACCAGAGCCAGCAGUUUCAAACAUCUAUGUAACUCUGGCAAAUGACAGCAUCAAGGUUGUGACGAAAAAUCUGACCUGGGAUGAUGCCAAGAAACAAUGUCAAAGUGAAAAGGCCAACCUGGCUAGUCUGCGAAAUGAGUGGACGCAGGCCUAUGUCGAGCUGCUUGCUAUGAAUCUCAAAACUCCUCUUUGGAUUGGACUGAACAAACAGCAGACAGCAGGGUAUUUUAGGUACGUUGAUGGCUGGCACCUGAAUGCUGCUGGCUGGGGUGAAGGUGAACCAAGCAGAGACAAACCAUGUGUGUACCUGGACGUGGAUGGAAAAUGGAAGACUGCUUUCUGCAAUCAGACCAUGAACAGUGUUUGCAUGCAAACUACAGAUGUGCCACCAACAGAGUCAACCACCUUCCCAGGGGUUUGCCCUGAAGAGACGAAUGAGGAGUACCACCAGAGUUUUACCUGGACGCCAUUUAAGGGUCAUUGUUAUUUGUUUGCAACAGAGGAAAUUGAAUGGGCAGAUGCAGCUAGCAGCUGUGUCCGACAUGGUGGAAUCCUGGCUAGCAUUGAGGAUCCUGCAGAGCAACAGUUCAUCAAAAGCAAUGUGGAAAUAUUUCAAGAUAGCCACAGCAGUUUCUGGAUCGGCCUGUAUAAAACUCAUAAAGGGACAUGGAAGUGGUUGGAUAAAACAGUCAUGGACUACACUAACUGGGCUGAAGAUGAGCCUGAUGAUGACUAUGGAGAGAUCGGAGCCUCAGAUGGGGCUUGGAGGACAGGUCGCAGAUGGCACGACAGAGCAUAUGUCUGUGAAACACCCAAAGUGAUGCCUGGAGAUUCUGGAUCAAAAACUGAUCCCCAGAAAGGUCAAGAUCCUCGCAGUCGUGUCCACACCAGUUUGAUAGUUGUGAUGAUCAUUAUUAUCACUUCUGUACUGAUAGUCGUUGCAUUCUACCUCUACAAGAAGUCUCCACAACCAUUACCCACCUUUGAAAAUCCGCUCUACAGUGAACGAUCCCAGCCUGAUGUGGUUGACACCAACAAACUGAUAGAGAACGCAGAAGUAGAAAACCCCGAGCCUAUUAUAACUCUGUGAUUUAUAAAGGAGCAGAAUCUAGUGGGACAUGCACUAUACUGUACUAUAUCCCAGACUGAUGUAUUACGCGUUGAUGCUUCAUUAGCGUUUUUGCUUUGUUUUGUUGUUUGUGUUUACUAUAUUCGGUAUAUAUAUUCAGUUAUUUAACAAUAUGUCACUUAGUGUGAGUUUCAAUGAAGUUGGCAAUGUCUGACCUCGUGGAACAGAAUAAUUUAGGCUCUAGGAUGUCUCAAUGGGAAUGAUUGUUAUUUGAUUUUGUCUUUUAUCUAUGAUUGACUGUAUAUAAUUGUUACAUGUUAUGCUUACUAGAUGGUGUUUAUUGCUUGCACUCUUGAAAUGUGUAAAAAAAAAAAUCUCACCGCCUGUUACUGUUAAAUGAAUAUUAAACUUGGCACUAAACAAUAAAUUGUAAUUUAAUGAAUAAAAUAUCACAAAGGAUCAAAUCAUUUCCCAUCAUCCUCCCUUCCUAGCUGUUAAAAAAAGUGGUAGUGUUUCUGUUAGCUCUAUAGUCUUGCAUACUUUUAUUAUCUUGUGUGCUUGUACUCAAUAAGUCACUGUGCACAUAUGAUUUAUUAUUAAUGAGGUAUGAAAUCUGUUUAGUUAUGGAGAACUUG